GCCCGGGCCCGGGCGGGGCCCUCAACCCGCUCGGGGGCGGGGUGGAGCUGCCGCAGGGCCCCCGGCCCCUCCGGGCCCCGGCGCUCGGCCGGCUCCGCGUCCCCACAGGCAGCUGCCGUGUCGAGCGUCCUUGCCGGGAGGCGCUUGCCAUCCCCCGGUCCGUGUCGUCUCCUCAGAGACGAGCUGGGAGCUUAAAAGAAGCUUUUUAAGGCUAGAUUGUGCCUUGGCUGCAAGGAUGUGGCAUCUCGGGUAAAGAGGAGGGUAUCUUUUGCUCUGGCAUUCAGCCAUCCUUCUGCUGCCUUUCUCAAGGUCUAUUGUAUUUCCUAUGUGAACAGGUUUCCAUGAUCCUGGGGUUGUGCCAGCCAGGUGGUCAACAGCCACUUCUUAGUGACUUGGCAACCUCUUCUGCACCCUAUUUUCCUCCUACGCACAUGGGGAGCGAAGGUACAAGCUGCACCCCAACAAGUGGCUGAAGACAAAUUUGUAUUUGAUUUACCAGACUAUGAAAACAUCAACCAUGUAGUGGUCUUCAUGCUGGGAACUAUACCAUUUCCAGAUGGAAUGGGAGGAUCUGUCUAUUUUUGUUACCCAGACCAGAGUGGGAUGGCAGUGUGGCAGCUGCUGGGGUUUGUCACUAAUGAGAAGCCAAGUGCCAUCUUCAAAAUUUCUGGUCUGAAAUCUGGGAAGGGAAGUCAGCAUCCCUUUGGUGCCAUGAACCUCCCACAGACGCCAACAGUGGCUCAGAUUGGAAUCUCAGUGGAACUGCUGGAGAACCUGGCCCAGCAGACUCCUGUUGCAAGUGCUGCUGUGUCAUCAGUAGAUUCAUUCACAGAGUUCACUCAGAAGAUGUUGGAUAACUUCUAUAACUUUGCUUCCUCGUUUGCUGUUACUCAGGCACAGAUGACCCCAAAUCCUUCUGAAGCUUUCAUUCCUGCAAAUGUAGUUCUGAAAUGGUAUGAAAACUUCCAGAGACGUCUGACACAGAACCCUCUCUUUUGGAAAACAUAAACUUAAAUUCUGUCAUUUGGAGUUCUUUUCGAAGUGUUACCUGAAAGAUGUAUCAAAUAACUCCACUGAAGAUUUUUGGAGGGGAGGAGGGGGAAAAUCCAAACAACGAUUAGUCUAAACGGACAAACUAGUAACUUUUAUAUUACUCUUGAACAGUAUUUAAAAUUAAAAUAAAUGAAAAUUACUAGUCUGCAUGUUGGUUUAUUUAAUUGAAGUGCUUGGCUGCAACAAGAAAUUAGUGUUCCAUGUAGAAAUAUUUCUUUGAAACUGCAUUUAAAGUGGAAAAAAUUACAAGAUGAAAAAUGGCAGCACUGUGUCAUACUUGUGUGGUGCUUUGGGGUGUUGCACAAACCAAAUGCAGAUUUUCCUUCUUCACCUCAUUUAAAGGGUAAUCAGGCAAUGUGAAUAUGCUGAUGGUUUUCCUGCUGGUAUUUGCACUGUAAGUUCUUCCACUUUGUGGACAACCAAUAUGCCUGUCCCCAACUCAUAUAAAUGGUACAGCAGUAUUUCCCUCUUUGGCAGUGAGAUGCUAUUGAGCUUAAUCUUGGAGUACCUGUCUUUAACUUUUCCUGUAUGAAAGUGUAAUGAAGAGGGAGUCUUUGGGAACUUCAGCUGUGCUAGAAGAAUUAUUCCCAGUAAUAAGAGUAAAAUCUUGUUUCUCUUAGAAACAGAUGUGGGGUGUCUGAUAAUGCUGUCUAAGUUACUGGCACCAAAGGCUGUCACAUUUGCUCAUAAAUUGGUAGGAUUUUGGGGUGGUUGGAGUGGUUCUCAUGAUGGUGCAGUUUCUGCUAGUGUGAUGAUUUCAGUCAUGUGUGCCCAGGUGCCUCAUAGGUGAGCUCCAGCUGGCCCUUCUGUUCAAUAGAUUAGCUUGAUCAGAAAUACUGUUUCGAACAAUAGAUCUUACUUCUGUAAGUUACUUUCUGUAACUAAGCACUAAGACUUGUUC